AUGGCUCAUAUACUUUGUUUUUGAAGUACCAUUUCACUUCCUUUAUAUAGAUAUAUUUGUUGCCAUUCUGGAUGAUGACAAUCCCAUUUGUCUUUUUUGCAGACAACAUCAAGGCGUCUUGCAGACAGGAAAGUAGCUAAAUUUGAGAAGAAUAUCACGAAAAGGGGAUCCGUUCCGGAAACAACAGUGAAGAAAGGAACUGACUACCCUGUGGGACCAAUAUUACUUGGUUUCUUCAUCUUUGUGGUCAUCGGUUCAUGUACGGUUCUCAUAUCCUUUUUCUUUAAUUCCUUUUUGACCAACAAAAUAAUACUAUUUUCUUAUGAAGCCGGAAAAUACUCAUGUUUACUACUCUCGUUGACUUUUAUGUUGAGUAUCCUGCCAUGCUAUUUGACCCUUCUUGCAUAAUAUUACUCCAGAGAGGAGGAUCUUAGUGAGAUCAAUGGCGUUAAAUGUCAAGAUUUUGAGAAAUAUUUAUUUCAUCAUUAAUCGUGAUGAGAUGUUUUUAAUGGUGGGGUGUCCAAUCGUGUUUGCGCAGAAUCCCUUCACAAAGUUCUUUGAAAUUGCUUUGUUGAUUUCAGAUGCUCAUCAACUGGUUAUUAUUAUUAUUAGGAGGCUCAAAAUGUUUUGUGAGGACCUGGAUCUCUGUGGCAUGCAGGCACAGAGAGAGAGAUAGAGAGAGAGAGAGAGAAGGCGUUUGUUUUGUUGAAAAUUGAAUGCUCAGCGUUUGAUUGUCUGAACCCGUUCUUAUUAGUUCUUCCUUUGUAUCUUUCAUCAAUGUUGAAUGAUUCAGGUGGGUUGACUUUCCUCUUAACUUGGGUCAAUUUCUUGUGGUUGCAGCCUUGUUUCAGAUAAUCAGGAUGGCCACAGGUGGCGGGGUGGCCUGA